AGAUAACGUACAUCCACAAGGAACACUGCCAUCCAACGACCCGGGUUUAAAGCGCACAUCGCGGGGCUUGCAGGCUGACUGUGGGCCGCAGCAGAGAGGAAGCACCCAGCAGCACGAGAGCAGGAGGAGGAAAAAGCAGCUGCACUGGAUGCUGGGGGGAUGAUGAUGAUGAUGAUGCCAUCCACGACCUGAUGUUCCCCUGCACGCCCCGCUGAUACACAAGGACUGUCGGGCUGCUAGUGGAGAGGAUUAUCCAGGAGGCUGGAGGAAGGAAGCAGGGAGGGGGGGAGGCAACGACACGCAUCAUCCGGAGAGGAGCGUUUUGUCAGGGAGGCUGGCCGACAAAUAACGCGGAACAGUAAGAAACUGAAAGGAGAAGCCAACUAUUAAAACCUGGAUAUAUAUUUUGCAAUUGGAUUUAGCCUUUAUUCUGAAAGGAUAUUGGUCUUUAGGGUAGAAAAGUCUGUUAAAUUGUUCCAGAAACGCAUGCAGAUCCAACACAACUGAAUCAGCCAGCAUUGUUAUGCAACUCAAAGCAUUUGCAAUUCUAUAGAAAGUGCCCUACUAUUUAUUUUCUAGAUCUGUGGUGCUUUCGAGGGCAGCUGGGAUUACCGAGGCCGGGUCGUUCAUUUCAGUGUGUGUGUGGGGGGGUAGGACCGUAGUGGACGCUCGAAAGUCGAGGUUUGGACUCCACGGAGAGAAGAUGUCGGGUCAGACUCUGACGGACCGCAUCGCCGCGGCGCAGUACAGCCUGACGGGAUCCGAGGUCGCCCGAGUCGUGUGUAAAGCCACCACACAUGAACAGACACCUCCAAAGAAAAAGCACCUGGAAUACCUGAUCCAGGCCACCCAGGAGACCAAUGUGAACAUCCCACAGAUGGCCGACACGUUGUUGGAGAGGGUCGGCAACGCCAGCUGGGUGGUGGUUUUCAAAGCCCUGAUCACCACACACCACCUCAUGGUGCAAGGCAAUGAGAGAUUUGUGCAGUUCCUGGCAUCUAGAAACACCUUGUUCAACCUCAGCAACUUCCUGGACAAGACUGGGUCCCAUGGCUACGACAUGUCCACGUUCAUCAGACGCUACAGCCGCUAUCUCAACGAGAAGGCCUUCGCCUACAGACAGAUGGCUUUUGACUUCGUCCGAGUCAAGAAAGGAGCUGAGGGAGUGAUGAGGACCAUGUCAGUAGAGAAGCUGUUGAAAGGAAUGCCCACCCUGCAGAGCCAGAUUGAUGCACUGCUGGAUUUUGAAGUGCAUGCACCGGAACUGAACAAUGGGGUUAUAAAUGCCUGCUUUCUCAUGCUCUUCAAAGACCUGAUCAAGUUAUAUGCCUGCUACAAUGACGGGAUCAUUAACCUGCUAGAAAAAUUCUUCCAGAUGAAGAGAAGCCAGUGUAAAGACGGGCUGGAGAUCUACAAAAGAUUCCUGACACGAAUGAUUCGGGUUUCAGAAUUCUUCAAAAUUGCUGAGCAAGUGGGAAUAGACAAAAAUGACAUACCCGAGCUCACUCAGGCCCCAGAAAGUCUUCUGGAGUCCCUGGAGACCCACCUUAACACACUGGAGGGGAAGAAGCCAGAGGAUAAGUCGCCCACCAAGGAUGCAACAGCCAACAACAGCACGCCGGCUGCCGCUGCUGCUGUCGUUGCACCGGCCAGGCGCGCACCUCCCACUCCUGGCGGGGGGCCCCCUGCUCGCCCCGGGCCACCUGCCAAACCUCCUCCGCCCUCUAUCACCCCAAUUACACCAGCCCCCACCACCAUCAGCAAUGCUCUUGAUGAUGGCUUCUUGUUGGACCUGGACCCAAUGUCCUCCUCAAAGGGCGCUGCAGCAACUUCCUCCGUGACUGGAUGGGGAGAUCUCUUGGCUGAGGCAACUCCGGCUGCCCCUGAUGAAGCCUCUGAAGCUCUCUUAGAGGAUGGAGACUCUGCUGAUGCUGAGGAUGGAGCAGCUGUUGCUCCUGCAACACCCACGCCUACUGCCGCUGCCGCUGCCGCUACCACUGCUGCUGCUCCUACAGCCAAACCCACGCCCAAACCCGCGCCCAAACCCGUGCCCAAACCCGCGCCCGCCCGCCCUUCACUGCCCGUCUCAGCUCCCACCGCAGCCGCAAACAUGGACUUUUUCGGAGAUGCAUUUGCACCUUCCCCAGGAGACGGUCCUGCUGCCCUGGCCGCGGGCCCCGCUGCUGAUGCAUUUGGUGGAUCUGACCCCUUUGCUACGACGGAGGGGAGUGGUGACAUUGCUCCAGAGCUGGACCUGUUCGCUAUGAUGCCCUCCGACACGGUGGCCGUCAUCCCUCCCACCUCUAGCGAGGCGCCGACUAUCGUCGUCCCCAUCGCUGCCCCCGCUGCCCCCGCUGCCCCCACCCUUUCUUCCACCACUACCACUACCACCACAACCACCACCUGCAACACCACCACAGAGUCUGCAGCCGCUCCGACUCUAGAUAUCUUUGGUGAUAUGUUUGAUUCUAUGCCUGAGCAAAGCCCUACCACAGAAUCCAAAGCUGCUACCACUCCUAGCGUAGACCUUUUUGGUGCAGACCUUCCUGCUGUUUCACGCGGGCCCUCUCCUUUGCCCGAGCCGGUUCUGGCUGGAGACAUUGUGACCGACUCAUUUUCAUCUCCAGCUCCUCCUGAGGCUGCUACUCCUGCUGCAGCUCCCAGCCCAGAGGACUCCUCUCCACCCAAACCAGAGCCAGGACCUGUGAUCGACCUGCUGGACUCCUUCGGCAGUCCUGUGGAGGAGACGCAUUGCUCUGCUCCUGGAGGGCCUGGAGACGAUCUGCUGGGAGGCCUGAUGUCCCCCACCCUGGCUCCCACUGCUGCCCCAGCUCUAGCUCCAACCUUGGCUCCGACUCCAGCGUCGGCUCUGGUGCACAACGACCUCCUGGAGUCGGGCUUUGACGCUCUGGGCUCCCUUACCUCUCCGACACCGCCUGUACCUGCUGUACAAGAUCCUGCAACCAUCACACCGGCGCCCUCUGGUGGCUUUGAUGCUUCAAUGUUUGGUGGAUUAGGCGACUUGCUGAUGCCCGCAAUUACGCCCCAGAGCACCGGGGGCAGCACUGCAGGAAGCAUAGCAGGAAGCAUGGGAACUCCCAUCGCAGCGGGAGGAAUAGCAGCCGCUCCCCCCGCCACCCCACCUGCUAUCAAAACCGUCGGAGGAGACCUGGACUCGUCACUGGCCAACCUGAUUGGAGACCUUGGAGUAAAGAAAAAGGACCCGCAGAGUGAGAAGAAGCUGACAGGAGGCGCCAACUGGAUGCCACAUGUAGCUCCCACAAGCUGGGCUACACCAGGACCCCCCAUGGCGGGUGCCGCUCCUGGAGCUCCUGGGGCACCAGGAGCAUCCAUGGUGCCACCAAUGAGCGCACAGCCUGGCUUUGGCAUGCCUCCUGCAGGAGGGCCUGGAGCUCCUGUGAUGCAGCCCAUGAUGGGGCAGCCGAUGAUGGGACAGCCCAUGAUGAGACCUUCCUUCACUGGAGCCGCUGCACCAGGAGCCCCGAUUCCUCCAGGACCUGCAAGCCAGAGCCCCAAGAAACCUAAGGACCCUUUGGCAGAACUUGACCUCAAAGACUUCUUAUAACGCCCCAGCUGCUUUCUUCUCUGGAGCAGGGCCCUCAACUUUUACCUGGUGUCUGUCAACAUCUCAGGAUGUUCAGCUACUCAACCUUAUAAGAGCCUCUUAUCUCCACCCCACCCAUCAACACCCCACCCUUCUCCUGUGUGAUGUCGUAGCACAAACUGUGAAAGUGAACCAUAGCGGAUUAUAUGAGAUGAGAAAAAAAAUACAAGUGUGUGAUUAUGUAGUGUGUUCUAAUCUUUUGUCGAUACAAAAUCACUCAAAACCCCGACAAACCCCCCCCCCCACAAAAGUAAGAAAGUAAAGGCGUAUGUGUUUAGAUUUAUUUGUAGUGUUGAGUUGAAUGAUGGAUGUGCUUUGGUGUCCUAAGCCCCACCCACCACCCCAUAUGUGUCCCCGCCUCCUUAUAAAGGGGGAGGAGCUCUUCUUUGUCCCACUCUGAUUGGAUGAGAGUGGUGAACGAAGCCCCGGUAGAUUUCUUGGAGAAACAUGUUGUGUGUUGUUUACAGAAAGGUCCUCGCUGAUGUACAUAGAUUUCUCUAGCGUGGAUUUCGUCUCUAUUCUGUAUGUCUGUUGAAGAGAAAUAUAAAUGUGAAUCUGACAUGAAAUUGUAAGAAGUCGUGUGAGUAUCCUUCUAUUUCCCGUCAUCUUUUGAAAGUAUUUGGAAACAAAUAUGAAUACCGCUAUAUGAUUAAUAUACUGUAUAUUAAGAAACAACUUCCAUGGGCUUCUGAAUCAUACCAGACCAAGUGAUCCUUUCUGUUUUUUUUGUUUUUUUACUUGUGACUUAUUUUUCUAUGUUUCUUUAUUUGUCUUUUUGUUCAAUGUUAUUUAUAUGAUGUGUUUCUGUUACAAUAAUCCUCCAGAUCGCUGUCGAUAUUUGCUGGCAUUGCUAUUAAAGAACAUAUCUUACAACUUAAUUCCAGAGAAAAUGCUUUAGUUAUUCGUCCCAGACUCAAAUAAGUGUUCAUGUUUCUACCUGUGGUUUUGACACUACCCAUGUGGAUAUAUCUGUUGCCGGUGCUUUCAUUAUAACUUUGACCAGGUCAGUAUGAUUAUUUUUGUAUUUAGAGUAAGAGAUUCCAUUGCCAUACCAAACUGUGUUCAGACAGAUCAAAUCAGAACAAAAGAUUUCAAAGAAUAGCAGACAAUCACCAUGGUGAUCCAGCAGGAAGCACUUUAGCUGCUUUGCUCACUUUUCACAAAAGUGUAGAACAUAUUAAAGGUACCCUGUCAAGUUUUUUCCUAAAGAAAAAAUUGUUUUUUUACACUCAAAUAUAAACUUUGGGUGUGUUUUUGAGACCUAAGAAAUGUGAUGAAUGAAUUUACUUUGAACCCUACAUACAUACUAAAAUGGGGGCCUGCUUUUCAAAUAAUGUGCUUCAUUGUCAAAGACCUUCGACAGGGUAACUUUAAGCUCCAUGUUACUAACCUGUUGCACCCAGUGUGUAUGUCUGCACUGCUACUUUGACAACAUUAUAAGUACAGCAAAUUAAUGAAGGUCACGUGAAAAUGCAAGAGACAAACACUGAGAUUUGACAAAACAUUUGCACUUGAUUGCUGUCUGAACAUAAUUUUUGUUCAAGUUGAUCAUUUGAUCAUUGCUGACCUUUGGCCUAUUGUCAAUUGAACAGUUCAUAUUGUUAGUAGCCGAACAGGAGUGAUGUGUACAAUGUGGAAAUCCACAGGAGGCCACUGUCCAUCUAGCCAUGAGCAUCAUAACACAAAGUUCCUCUGUUCUACAAACUUACAAAGAUGUCAGUAUGUUGAUUUGGACAGCUGUGUAACACCAGCGGCCCCAGUCCUGUGCUGUAAACCACACUAAUGCAAAUCUUACUCUGUAUGUUUUGUCUUUUCAGUGGACUGGAUAAGCAAUUGGUCGUAAGGAUAUGAUAUGAUUCAGAGAAAAUAAUGGGAGAUUAUUAACAUUUUUCAUGAAAUUGUAUUUUUGUUUAGUUGUAAAUUUAUUUUAUUUACGAUGGCCCACCCCAGUGCAUGUAAGCCCUUUGAGGUGCAAUAAAUUCAAUAACAGAUUGAACUGCC